UUAUGGAAAUGAUCCACAACAAACAAUUAAUAUAGUUUUAGAACAUUUAGAUCCUAUUGUUUUAACUCCAAAAUCAAUAUCUGUAGUAGAUACAAGACGAUCAAGUUCAAAAGAUAGAGUAUUAUUAAGUAGAGCAACAACAAAUACUCCAAGAAAUAUAAUAGCUCAAGUUAAUUGUCGAUUAAAUGUUGUUCGUCAUGCUUCUUUAAUUCCAUUACAUAUUGCUUGUGGUUGUUUAUCAUCAAAUGUAAUCGAUAUUGCUCAACAAUUAUUAGAACAUGAAGCACAUAUCAAUGCAGAAUCAUUACCAAGUGAUCAAGAAUAUUUAUCACUUGCUGAUCCAUCAGUUACCAACAUACAUAGAAUAAAUGGCUCUGUUCCACAUGAUCGUACUCCUUUACAUAUAAUAUGUACACGUGAAGCAACAGAAGAUACAUUAUCUCUAGUUCGUCUACUUGAACAUCAUGCUAAUCCAAAUGCUGUAUGCAAUGGUCGAAUAUCACUUUCACUUGCUAUCAUUCUUGUAAAUGAACGUUUAGUUGAUUUACUUAUCAAUCAUGACACAACACAUCCAUCGACUUCACUCAGACUAGGAAAUAGAAAUGUAUUAUGUGCUAUUUUAUCAACAGUUCAAGAAUCUCAAUGGACUUAUGCUAAACGAUUAGAAUUAGUAUGUAAAGAAUCGAUAAAAAAAAAUUUGCUUAAUUUAUAUUUUAUUUAUAUUUUAAAUUGA